CUCUGGCUCUGGACCCCACUGGCACCUACUAAGCCAACCUCUGUGAGAAACUAAUUUGGCCAAUACAAAAGGGCUAAAUAUCACAGACCAGAAACUACAUUUUCGAAUCAACCAAACCCCUCAAAUCACACACCUCCACUGCAAAAUGCUGGAUCCCACAGGAACGUACAGGCGACCCCGCGACUCGCAGGACACACGCCAGAAGCGGCGCCAGGAUUGCCUGGAUCCAACCGGGCAGUACUGAGCCAAUUCAGUGACAACUACCCCACUCCGCCUUUGCCUUAUUCACAAAAAUUUUGGGCAUGAUUGGGGGAGCGCGCUGGUUGCGCGUUCGCGGCCGCGAGGAGACUUCCAGCUGCCGGCGAAGAAGAAAGCUGGGGGAUUC